CAGUGCCCACGCUCCACGCACCAAUCGCGAAUUCCGCCGUCCGCGAGUUUCCCUUCGCGGCGCCAGACAUCGCGAUCCAUGGCCCUACACGCGACUCACGGAUAAGUCUCCAAUUAUGAAAACAAAGGAGGAUACGGACAAAAUCUGCGGCGUUAAUUACGAGCGAAAUCACCGGGUGAAAAAGAAAAGGAAAAACUCGUGAAGAUUGUCGAAUCGCGGCCAAUAGCAACCCACCGUCCGGAAUAGCAUUAGUUUUAAGUCCGGAAUAAUUAAAUCCGGAAAAUAAUUUAAUCGUCAAGUAUCAAUUACCAAUAAUUCGGAAUAGUGAUCCCUGUUUGUUCUGCGGUCGGUAUCGGAUGUUCUACAGUGAGUUCAAUCGUUAGGGCACCGCUAAUUGCUCAAUGCGGUAACUUCCAUCCGGGAACACAACCAGAGAGCUGCGCAGCGGAUAAGUUCCGGAAUGAAAAAUCCACUCGGUUUUGCGGACGCGAGCGGGGUGAAUCGCAUGAAUUUCUCAGUGAUAUCGGUGCGGGAGAACGUUGACAGGGAAUUAUUUUGGUAAACCGGAACGACCGGCACCGGACCGAAGCGGAACGGAACGGAACGGAGAAACAAGGGCAGACGAAAUAAGGAGCAGAUGCAAGACUUCCCGGUGGGCUAUCCUGGCAUAAAUAACUCACAACUGGACCUCUGACAAAGGAGCCCCGGCAAGAAUAUGGCUGCAGGGAUUGGGGCGCCAAACCUGCGUUUUGGGACGAGUGGUUACAGCAACUACACGAGCAACCGAACGACAUUUCAGUGUCACCCGGACGGAGAGACCGAAGCGGCCAUCAUUUUCAGUCUCUGUGCAGCGGGCAUCUCCGCCAAUGUCGCCUUGAUGACGCUCAUCGUCUGCAACAAACAGCUCAGGCGGUGGUCGCAGGGCCUGCUGUUUCACCAGGCAAUGGUUGACUGCGCGCGGGCGGCGAUCCUGAUCCCUCUCGGUCUGAGCAUCCUCCGCUGCGAGCCGAUGCGGAAGUGCUCCCUCGUGGAGACGGCCUUCCUCCUCCUGGUCACCGUCUCAACGGUGAACAUGCUCACGACGGUGCUCAACGACAGCCCGGUCUUCCCGGAGGCUGACAGCGGGGGUGGGACGGGGGCGGGCGAGGAUCCCGACUCUGAUUGGGCCAUGGGCAGCGGCCCCAUCCUCAUGGACUCCCCGCAGUGCGUUUUCUUCGGGGCAUUCAUGAUCUGGUUUGCCAGUAUCACUAUUAAUCUUGGACCCACCUUCCUCAGCGGGGCCCUCGCCGCUAAUACUGAUGGCGGGCACAAUAGUCCCUCCUGCCCACUCGUCCACGGACCCUUCAGGCACUACGUGCUGAACGUGCUGUGGAUCCUGAUCAACCUGAUCUGCGUGAUGCUGACCUUGUUCCACCUGCACAAGCUCCACCGGGACCUGACCAAGGCCAACUGCGAGGCGGUCCGCGUCGCUGGGCUACUCACCACCCUCGUCAGUGUCACCGGGGGUGGCGGCGGUGGCUUCCGCGGACCCCACCACCCGCCCGGGACAAAUUCCAACGGCACCGCUAGGCCAGGAGUCAAGGCGGUCGAGGAACACAGACGGAUGCGCAACUACUUGCGGAGGAUAGAGCAGGAGGGUGUGCAGAGGGUGAAAAUGUUCUUGGUCAUCACCGGGGCCUAUCUUUUGUUUUGGGGACCCCUUUUUUUUGUCACUCUCGUCGACCAUCCGCUUAUCGGAACUCCGGCUGGACACGAGGUGACGCUGCACAUCGCCUACGUGCACUCGUUCGUGAACCCGACGCUGUUCCUGGUCCUGCAUCGCGGGCUCCGGACGGCCCUCCUCGAGCUCUGCUGCGGGUGCUUCUUCCAGGCCGGCGGCUGGCUCCUCGGCCCCGAACCGGAGGACGUCGAGGCCACCGUCCCCCCGCCGCCCCUGCCGCCCCUCCCCCUCCCCCUCGCCACCCCCACC